CGUCACUUGUCAUUUGAAGGCUACUACCACUUCCAGUCCCACUGAUAUGAUGAACAAGGCCUGCUCAUUUGUUAAAGAAACCAACAGCUGGACUGCAAUAAACGGAGAUGAUCAGGUGUGUGGUUGUUGUGAGACAAGCUGCACCAUGAGGAAGGGCAGAAGUCUGGAUACUGAUGAUUCCACAUUGGAAGAUGAGGCUACUGUUGGGCCGAUUUUUGUCCAUGAACUGCUGUCAGUGGAGGAUGAGCCUCUACUGCAAAUUCACAAGUCUUCUCGGGUGUCGUCAAAAGAUGCAGAGUUCUCCAUGGAGUUGGUGCUCAUGACUGGUUUGGUGGUUGCAGUUGGACUUGUGUGUGUCAUUGUCCUUGGAACGUUGUUUUACCAAAGGCGGCAGAGACGGCUUGUGUUAACUUGUGAAUGACGAUAAAAGCGGUUUUAUCUUAA